CACAUCAGACCAAUGCAAAAGACGCUGCUCUUUCGAAUGCAAAAAUAUCAGUUAUAUUGGGGAUCGCAAUCGAAUGCAGCAGUGUCAGUGCCUUAGACAUUGGUCAAACAGAUCUCUUCCAUGUGGUCUUGGAUAUUGUGAAUCAUACGUAAGGGACGAUGUGCACAAUUGUACGGUGAAUCACCUUUAUUUUUCUGCAAGGAAACGAGUGACAGCAAUUUGCAGGAGAAGAAGAAUUGAUGACUACCUAAUUGAUCCUAGAGCUCCUCGUGUCAAGCCUGGCGAUCCUUCACAUCACAGGAAGAGGUUUGAGUGAGCCUCUUCUCCCCUGCUUACGGCCUCCGCAGACUUCAUUCAGUCACGCAUGUGGUCGUCCUUGGUGCAAGGCAACAUCCACGAGACCAACAGCAGCACCCUCCACAGGAUGGUGUCCUCUUCCUCAAGGUCGUCUUCUUCCAACUCUUCUCUGCUCAUCUCACAAACGCCAAGGAGGACCAUGGAGGAGGUGUGGAAAGACAUCACUGUCACCGCCCUCAACAGGGAGAGGGCCAUCACACCCUUGGAACACCAUGGUUACGGUCGCCAUCACCACCACGCAAACUCCUCACCUUCCUUCAGGGACAUGAUGUUGCAGGACUUUCUCGCCGGACCAUCGAGCAGGCCCCUCACCAUCUCGCCGCCUGCAGUCGAGGAGCUACCGCUGCCGCUACCUCCAACCCCUCCUGCCCUCCCUCAGACGGCCUUCAGUUUGAACUCCGGGAUGGAGUUGCAGUACCUGGGACCUGACCCCAAGACCCACUCCGAUUCAACCUCUAGCAGCCACAACGCCUCCAUUAUCUCCUCUGCAUUCUCCUCUGUGAUGGCAGGUCCGCCGUCGCCCACUGGGCUUUUCUCAUUCUGCUCCAAGAAGCAGCGGUUACGAGAAAACCCCACCGUUGGUGUCGACCGUCGCUUUCAGAGAUUGAUUAAGAACCGGGAGUCUGCAGCCCGAUCACGCGCAAGGAAACAGGCCUAUACUAAUGAGCUGGAGUUGGAGGUCUCACAUCUGAAGGAGGAGAACGCCAAACUGAAGAAGCAAUAUGAGGAGCUUCGUUUGGCAAUGAAUCUACCCAAAAGAAACACACUUAAAAGGAGCUGCACUUCAUCAUUUUGAGAGACAAUCCCUAUGCCAUGUUCUUCCCUUUCUUUUCUGCUGAAACAGAGCAGUCGGGGUUGCGUUAUGCCAUUGCCUGUGCAGAUUUAGCAUAGACUCCUUUAGACAUCUCGAUCUCCGUCAUCUGAUGAGAAUCCCAAAAAUGAGCUUCUUUUCGGCUAUCAUGUUACGCAGUCUCCAUCUAAAUGUAUACACAAGUGGCAGUAGUGUCUUA